AUGGCGGUUGAAGAUCCGGAGCAGAAGGAGGUUGUUGUUGCGAAGCGACCGGAGCAUAGAAGACGCGCAACGAACAACAGUGUAGCCCAAACCCGCGGACCACCGCAUAAUUCUUCGUUGCUAUCCGAGAGAUCGCCUUGGAUGCUGGCGGACCUACGGAGCCGCCCUAGCUAUGACUCGGAAAGCCUUAAGGACUUGCGAAACUCCACACCCUCAAUCCCUGCAAAAAAUAUUACAGAGACGAGCAGCCGUGAUACCUGCCGGCCAACGCCGGAUAUUAAAAUCAGGUUCGGCGAAAUCGCAGAAUGUGACGUUUCCCCUAACAUUCCAAGUGAAGUGGAGAUUCGAGAAAAGAAAGCGCGCCGUGCUCUCUUGGGACAGGAGCUUCAAUUCACUUCCAUAGUGGUUGACCCCGGUAGCACCUCCCCCCCCACAGAAAAUCCUGGGGAUUAUAUGGUAUCAGACGAUGAGAACGACUUCGCGUUCUGUACCCUGGAUCCUAGUCUGCCUGUUGGAAACGUGGUGUUGCAACAACGUCGUGCACAAACAAAAGAAAUAAUCAACCAAGCGGAGGCACUGUCGAUGGAUAAUGACUCUGAUAAUGAGCGCGAGCUGUUAUACGAAGCAGCUCAGAUGCGCGCGAGCAUGGAUGGCAGACGAGGUCACACAAAGCUUUCCCUGACUAUCCCUCCAGCAGGACUUACUCCUCUUCCAAAUUUGGACUACUCUCUUCUACGUUUAGGCAGUUUGCUAGUCGAACUGGACCAAUCUAAACAUAGCCUUGUUGAUCGGCUUGAGGAAGUACGUUUCAAGAACUGUGAAAUCUCGCAACGUGAAGCCACAAUAGGAGUUCUGCUCAAGGACGCCGGGGACUUUUAUGGACGCCUAAAGAAAGAACUUAUUACCCACAGAGCAGAGUGA